AUGGGAGCGACUCAUCUGUUGUUCCUCAUCGGUUCUUUGGGUUAUAGCCGCCAAGAAUUACCCGUGGAAAGCGAUCUAAGCAAGAUCCAUAGAAUCUUCAUCACAGCUUUACGGAAACUGAGUUUAAAAUAUCCAACCUCAUCGAAUUCUUAUUACUGGAAGGGCUACAAGCAGCAACACACGUAUAAUCAUGGUGAAGGAGUAAGGUUAUUGCCACGAGUUCCACGGCUAUUCAGGUGGUUGGACAAAGCGGCCAUAGUUAAAUCAGAAGAAGAAGAAGAUUCAAGACAUCAUAGAGAGAGUAUUGAUACGCAAGAAAAGAAAAAGAAGAUUUGCACUGUGAAGGACGUGAGAGAUGUCAAAAGCCUUGUUCAUAUAAUUUACCUUGGCCUUACCAUCUUUCCUUAUAGUUUACUCAUUGCCUCUGGGGACACUUUCUUUGUUGCCCAAGCAAAUGAGUUGAAACCAGUUAUGAAUAAAAGAGGUAACGAUAUCUCUAUUCUAUUCUUGAUCCAAUCCGUGGCGACUGACAUGUCAGAGUUUACUUGUUUUCUCAUCAGUCUUCCCUUUCGAAAGAAACAAAAAUCAAGAGUAGCAAGAUUCAUUUGGGAAAGAAAAGCAGCGACAAUCAUGAGGAUUGGAUUUGGCAUUACGUGUGCAGUAAUAUGCGGCAUCAUAGCAUGGCAAGUGGAGAUUCGCAGGUUGUCGUCAAAGUUGAAAACCACAGUGGCUUUGGUUCCGCAAUUUGUGUUACUAGGAAUGACAGAGGGACUUGUUGAUGGGGGAAUAGAAAGAUUAUUCGAUGACCAUGUAGCGAAAUCGUUGUCGAAUUUUGAGGAUUCGUUUAGUGAGUUGAUGGUUGGUGGUGGAAAACUUCUGAUUAUACCAAUUGUGUGGAUUUUCAGCGGGUGGAUCAAGGAAACAAUCGACACUAGCCAUUUGGACAGGUAUUAUCUGAUGUUGGCGAUAAUGAACGCUGUGCUGCUUCUAGCUUUUGCGUACUACUCCGUUACCUAUGCAUACAAGGAAGUGUGUCCCGAAGAUGAGAAGGUGACCACAGAGGAAAGAGUGGAUCACUCACAUCAACCAGACUCAGAAGACACCUAUCAGGAAAAUACUCGCCCAUUGAAAAUGGGAAAGAGUGGAUCAUUCCCAUAA